ACAGAAGGAGAAAGACUAAACAGGUGGUCAGAAACACACAGCUAACAAUGUCGUCCCUGGAGAAAAGGUGAAAGAUAUUUUGGUCUCAUCUCUUUUUAAGGAUACAAGAUUCAAUAACCAAAGAAAAUUCAUGUUUCGGCUGACUUUCAAAGGGAGAAUUUAUCCUCGGGUUUCCUCCGAAUCUGGGCAAGAGCUAUCGGAUAUUAAACUAUGAAAGUGACGGUGUGUUUUGGAAGGACUAGGGUGGUGGUACCGUGCGGAGAUGGAAAUAUCAAAGUCCAUACUCUCAUCCAGCAAGCCGUCAUGAGAUACAAAAAAGCCAUUGCAAAGGAUGCCAGCUACUGGUUACAGGUGCACCGGUUGGAACAUGGGGACGGAGGUAUCCUGGACCUGGAUGACGUGCUGUGUGAUGUGGCUGAUGACAAAGACCGGCUGGUGGCGGUGUAUGAUGAACAGGACCCUCACCAUGGUGGCGACGGCACCAGCGCCAGCUCAACGGGCACACAGAGUCCCGACCUGUUUGCCACUGAGCUCAACACAAGCAGCAUGUCUGCUUUCCAGCCCUACCAGGCCGCCAGCGAGAUAGAAGUCACUCCGUCCGCCCUCCGAACCAAUAUGCCUCUCCAUGUGCGUCGCAGCAGUGAUCCAGCACUGGCGACAGUCAACGGGCCGUUCAGCGACCCCCGUGUGACCCUGCCGCCAGAGGAAUCGUCCAGGAAGAACCCCACCCGCUGGUCCACCACAGCUGGCUUCCUCAAACCACAACACUCUGUCAGAGGCACCGGCACUGACACCAACAGCCUGGAGAGAAAGGGUAAAGUUGUGGACACGUACCGUAGUCUCCCCCGUGACGCAGGGUCCUGGGCAAACCAGAGAGAGUUCCAGAGAGAGACGGCCCGCUCCUCCCUGAGCGCCAACCACCCGAUGGUAGACCGCUGGCUGGAGAGACAGGAUCAGGAGGAGGAGGGGCAUGGGGAGGAGGAAAACGGCAGGAUCGCGCCGGUUGGUCGAGCUGACUCCUGUAUGGCCCACACCCCUGUGAGGUCACUGGAUCUAAUCUGCAGUGACAUUGUAAAGCUGGUAGAAGUAUCCAAUGACGGCGGGCCCUUGGGGAUCCAUGUAGUACCUUUCAGUGCCCAGGACCGCAGGACUCUCGGCCUGUUGGUCAAGCGCCUGGAGAGGGGAGGCAAGGCGGAGCAGCAGGGUCUGUUCCAGGAGAACGACUGCAUCGUGCGCAUUAAUAACGGAGACCUGCGAAACAUCCGCUUCGAACAAGCCCAGAACAUGUUCCGCCAGGCCAUGCGUUCCCCGGUCAUCAUGUUCCAUGUGGUUCCCAACCUGAUGAAGGCCCAGUACGAGCAGCUGUCACACAAUGAGAGGAACCCCAAUGUGGCCUACUCCUCUGGACGCUUCAGUCCCGACUCCCUAGCCAGCGAGCGAGGCAUCACCACCUCAGGCCUGGACCACACACCACAGAGGAUGUCCCGUGGUCCCCACCCUCACCAUCACCCGCACCCCGAGCAGGGCAACGCCUACACCUCUCUACCUCACCUCCAUGGGGGCUCCAUGGGCAAGCCCCCAUUAGGCCACGCCCCUCCAGGCCGCACCCCCUCCCCUCACAGGGUGCUAAACUCCACCCCCACGGCAGGCUUCACCAAAAAGGUCGGCAGGAGACUGAACAUCCAGCUCAAAAAAGGUUCGGAGGGUCUGGGUUUCAGCAUAACAUCGCGUGACGUCCCCAUCGGCGGCUCGGCGCCCAUCUACGUGAAGAACAUCCUGCCCCGAGGAGCUGCCAUCCAGGACGGACACCUCAAGGCUGGGGACAGGCUGCUGGAGGUGAAUGGAGUGGACCUGGUUGGGUUGACCCAGGAGGAGGUGGUCUCUCUGCUGAGGGCCACGCCCAUGGGAGGGGCUGUGGGGCUGGUGGUUUUACGACAGGAGGAGGCCUUCCUGCCCAGAGAAGUGAAUGCAGAACCCCAGAUGCAAAGCCCCAGAGAUUUGAAGGUUGAGGAGGAUGACCUGGUGUUGACCCCGGAUGGUACCAGGGAGUUCCUGACCUUUGAGAUCCCUCUGAGUGACUCAGGGUCGGCAGGGUUAGGGGUCAGCGUCAAGGGCAACCGCUCCAAGGAGAACCACUCUGACCUGGGCAUCUUUGUCAAGUCCAUCAUCAACGGGGGAGCUGCCUGCAAGGAUGGAAGGCUACGGGUCAACGACCAGCUGAUAGCGGUGAACGGGGAGUCGUUGCUAGGCAAGACCAACCAGGAAGCCAUGGAGACACUAAGGAAGUCCAUGUCGGUAGAGGGCAACAAGCGGGGGAUGAUUCAGCUGAUUGUGGCCAGGAGGGUCACUAAACGCAACGAGCUGGAGGCCCCUGGGAGCCUCCUGGGACCGGAGCAGGCCCUCAACUCCACCCUGCUGGACGACCGGGAGCGUCGUAUCUCCCACUCCCUGUACGGAGGCAUAGAGGGCCUGGACGACAACCUGAUGCCACAGCAGACCCUAAUGGGCAGAAUGAUGGGUAACUACCAGCUCUCCCCUACGGUCAACAUGCCCCAGGACGACACAGUCAUCAUCCAAGACGAUAGGCUGCCUGAACUUCCUGCCCACCUCUCUGACCAAUCGUCUUCCAGCUCCCAUGACGACGUGGGGUUCCACGUGGAGGUCCCUCCCCCCUGGGCUAAAGAGAUUCAAAUUCAGAAUGAGAGCACUCUGAGCCCUGAUGACACCGACCCAGAUGGAGCCUUUCAGAGGGAGGGCUUUGGCAGACAGAGUAUGUCAGAGAAACGGACAAAGCAGUUUGGAGAUGCCAGUCAGCUGGAGAUCAUCAAGACACGCAAGUCCAAGAGCAUGGAUCUAGUAGCCGACGAGAUUAACCUCACCCCUCGCAAAGAGAACACACCAGGGUCUUCCACCAGGGACGUGGGUCCUUCCCUAGGCCUCAAGAAGUCCAGCUCUCUAGAGAGUUUACAGACAGCCGUUGCCGAGGUAACACUGAACGGUGACAUGCCCUUCCACAGGCCACGCCCACGCAUCAUCAGGGGGCGGGGCUGCAACGAGAGCUUCCGGGCCGCCAUCGACAAGUCAUACGACAGGCCAGGCGCUACAGAGGAGGACGAUGAGGACAUGGAGACAUUGGAGGAGGACACCGAGGAGAGCUCUCGGUCCGGGCGCGACUCUGUGUCCACCGUGGCAGACCUGACCCCACUACCCAACACAGAGAGACCGCUGGUCAAUGGCAACCACACCAAUGAAGACAAGAAGAAGGAUAAGGGAGGGAAUGAUAAAAAGAAACAGAGGGACAAAGAGAAGGACAGCAAGAACAAGGCUAAGAAAGGCAUGCUGAAAGGCCUGGGAGACAUGUUCAGGUUUGGUAAACAUCGCAAGGACGGAGAGAAAAUAGAGCGUAAAGGAUCAAGCAAGUGGAGGCCAGAGGAGCUACAAGCCUCAGAGGAAGAAACACUGAGGAUGAGGCUGGAGCAGGAGAGGAUCCAGGUUAAGACCCGGGAGCUGCGGGAGCGGCAGGCACGGGAGAGGGACUACGCUGAGAUCCUGGACGUCAACCUGAACCGAGACGAGGAGCACCCCUACGCCGGAAUCGGGCCCCUGGACACGUCCCUGGACAGCAGGCACAGCCGUCCCCAGAGCCCCCGAGACAACGACCACCACCACCAAGACUCCUCCCUCUACACACAAGUCGGCAAGGCCCGCAACGCAAACGGACGCCCUCCCUCCGCCGACAGCAACAGACUAGCGCCUAGCAACCACGACCGGAUACAGCGGCUGAGGCACGAGUUCCAGCAGGCCAGAGGGGACGAUGACCCAGACGACAGGAGACGUACCUAUAGCUUCGAGCAGCCCUGGCCGAACAACACCAACACAGGUCCAGGCCCGUACCAGACAGACAGACAACAGACGGGCCGACACUCUGUGUCUGUAGAGGUGCAGAUGCAGAGACAGAGGCAGGAAGCGAGAGACGCCUUUCAACAGGCGCAGAGACAGUACAGCUCCCUGCCACGACAACCCAGGAAGAACCCAAGCUCCAUCUCUCAGGACUCCUGGGACAAGGUCUACCCGCCGGGCGAGGGCUUCCAGACAACCAAGGAGAACCCUCGCUACUCCAGCUACAAGGGCUCCAGGAACGGCUACCCGGGGGUGAGCAGCGUGAACGCCCGCGUCUUGCUGGAGGCCCAGGAGCUGCUGAGGCAGGAGCAGAGACGCAGGGAGCAGGAGGCCAAAGGGAAGCAGCUACUACUAGCGCCCCCACAGGAGCACCACGGGAACAACACGUAUGAUUCCACUGCUUCAUACUCGGCUCACAAGGACCCUGUGUCGCCUAAGGGCCCUUAUAGACAGGAUGUACCCCCCUCGCCCUCCCAGCUGGCCAGGCUCAACAGGCUACAGGGGCCCGAGAAGGGGAGGCCCUUCUACUCCUGAGGGGGCAGGAAUGGGGAAGGGACAGGGCAGCCAAGAGGAGGCCAUAGUUGGUGGCGAUGGAUAUAGACAACUUUAGGAGCUGAUUAGCUAUAGAAUGGGGAGGCCCUUCUACUCCUGAGGGGAUAGGGACAGGGUAGGCCAGAGGGGCCACAGUUGUGGAAUAUCUGGACAAUUUGAGUUAGGGAAUGCACAGUGGGUGUUAGUUUUAAUGGCUUCCCCUGGAUGUGACCUCUUAGUCCUCCAUUCAGUCCCAGUCAGUCCUGUCCCCCUCCCACAGACUAUUUGUUGUUAAAUGAGACUUUCAGUGCCUUCUGUAUUCAUGGUCAUGAUGCUUUCUGGGGUAGUAGUGUUGUUGUGUGAUUCAUAGACAUCUGUCACCCUCACGCUCUGACAAUCAGACAGGCUAACAGAUGUUCUUUUAAACAAUGGAGAGGUAUGUGUGGUGUGUGUGCAUGUGAGAGAGACUGUCUUAAUGUGAGUGUGUAUGUGCAUUAUGCUAGUGUGGUGUGGACACUUACAGGGUGACCUGGUUUUGUUAAACCACGGAUCCUACUUGACCUGCCCUCCCCUGGCCGUGAACCUCCCCAUAGUUGGUACUACUCUUAACACAAAGUCAAAACAACAACGCUGAGCUCUCAAAAUUCUAUUUAUCUGUUUUCAUUGUUUUUUUUCUUUAUGGAGAAGCUCCUUUACUUCAGUAGUCACCAGUGGGUUAGAGAAAAGAGAGGGAGUGUGUAAAAGGAGGGGGAGCAUAGCGCUGGUUAUUAAUGAAGGACCCUCAUAAAUGAUUCAUGUGUGUGCCAUCUCCACAGAGAGAGAUGGAGAGAGAGCGAGAGGGAGUGAGUCUCUGAUCUACUGCCUGGCCUCUCUGCUCUCGGCACGGCUAACCUGGCCUGCCCGUCUGCCUGUCUCUGGCUUCCUCCUUUUCCUCCUCUCCCUCACCACCUCCUCUUUCACCUCUCCUCCUCCCCCUUCAUCUCCUCUUUUACCUCUCCUCCUCGCCCCUCACCUCCUUUUCCAACUCUCCCUCUCCUCUCCCCGGUCAACCCUGCACUGAAUUUUUCAUCACAAGCUGCCUGCCACAGCCAAAGAACAAAACACAGCCCCAAGAGGCUGCUCCGUAGUGGAGGGCCACACCACAGUUUCGCUCCACAGAGAAAGGCAAAGAGAGACAAUCGGAAUACCGACGCAAGAUUUAGGUUCAAUCUACCCAAUCUUCCCUUGUUCAUAAAAAAUGAAUUGUGUUUGAGUGGUAAUUGCGUUCAGCUGCCGUAUAGCGGAGUACUAGUGAGUCACUCUCCUCUUGUAAAUAAUGGACCUUUAAUGUAACGAUGCUCUGAUGUCUAUGAAAUGUACCGAAUGGUGGCGAUGAAUGCAACCGAACAAAGGAGAGCGUGGUGAACAGAGAAAAUAAAAAAUAUAUAAUGACUGUGGUAUGUACUCUGUGUGUCGCCUUGUAUUAUAUAACAGAAGUGUCUGGCACCUCACUGCUUUGGAGAUGUGCUUCAGUGUUCUCCCUACGCCAAUUACAGCCAUAUGAAAUGCAUUAGCUUCCAUUUGUGAGUUAAUACAAAGUCUGCGUCCCAAAUGGGACCCUACUCUCUACCCAGUGCACUACUUUUGACCAAAGCCCUAUGGGCCCUGGUCAAAAGUAGUGCAUUAAAUAGGGAAUCAGCUGUUGAACACGUCUAACAUGGAAAUAAGACUGUUAUGUCGUCUGUACAGCAGCACCUUGCCAAUGUCUGCAGUCUGGUUGGAAUCUGUGGUCUGGUGUCCAUUGCUAGCCUGGUUCCAGAUCUGUUUGUGCUAUCUUGUUCAUUUCUAUGGUCAUUGUAGUUAACAAGGGUGUAGGCAGAAGUUCCCCCUGCUAAGUCGCUGAUCUUAAGUCUGUUUUUCAUUUCCCCACACAAUGGUUAGGAUUGGGGAGGGGAAGCUGAUCCUAGAUCUGUACCUAUGGGAAACUUCACCCCGGAGUAGUAAAUAAGACAGUGAAAAUAGACCUGGGAUCAGGCUAGUCCAUGGCUAAGUUGAGAGUUCAAUAAUAAGUGCCUGAGAUGCCGUACAGUUCCUGAAUAGGGAAAACAAUGUGGACUGUUCCUUGUUGUAGCUAAACGACAUUACACCAUGUGUUUUUAACAUACCAUUAUAAUCUCUACAGCACAGUAUGUCAUGAUUGUUUUGGGGCUGAAAAGCAUUCGUUGUUUUUUUACAGUGAGAGUUCAAAUAAGGCUCUGCACAGCUGAUCAGUGUAUUUGUAUCCUGUGUGUUUGACAUUGCCUUCACAAUGCUGUACGUAUCAUGAUGUUUAAAGUAUAAAGCUAUUGUAAGCACAGUGCAAUUGUUUUUCAGACUUUUACAUGAUAUGUUUAGACAUGUGUACAGCUACUUUUCCUGUACAUAUCACAUUUAAAAUAAAAGGAAGGCUGUUUCAUCCUGUUUA